AUGCAGUCGCAUGCCUCCUCCCGCCCGGCGCCAUCUCUCUCCUCCUCCUCCUCCUCCUCCGUCUCCAUGUCCAGCAGCAUCCAACAGCAUCCUCCUGCUAUCCCUCCUCCGAUCUCCGCUCCCUCUCCUUCCUACUUCCUAUUUUCCAACCCUGCUGUCUUUGCCCACCAAACUUCUCAACCCUCUUUCGUCGGCAAUCGCGGAAUCUACGAUGCUGUUCCUCAGAGCUAUACGCUCUCUCCGAGAUUCAUUCCUCCACCUAGUGCUGGUUUCUUCACUCCUAGGUAUGCAGCAAGCAACAACCAGGCCCAGACGCCUCGUCGAAGGUCGGACAGCUCCAUGCCAACAGUCAACGCGGCGCUGAAGCGAACCCCGGAAGACCGAGAGCCUCCACCCCCUCCCAUCUCUGCCAGUGACUCAAUGCACAAGCAGAGGUCGAUGAAUCCUCAUCCUCCUCAUCCUCCUCAUCUUCCUCCCCAUCAUCAUCCUCAUUAUCCUCAUCACGACGAGAGCCACAUCGUCAGCAACAUCAUCUCCUUCAAGAUCAGCUACGAGGAGAAGUCGGAAAGAGACCCGCUCGCGGAUGAAUCACUCUCGCAGGAGGAGCAGAACAACGACGACUCACGGGAGAAGGAGGACAUCAAGCGCUUGUGGAUGAAGCAGCAGGAAAUGAGAAUGAAGCACGAGCAUGGCCAGCCUUCGCCAGCUGGACUUGAGAGGCAUGAAGAGCAGUGGUAUCACGAGGAGACACAGGAGGAGAAGCAGGAAGAGCAAACACGUUCGCCUGAUUCGAGCAGAGGGAAGGAGCAGAGGCCGAUGAGCUUCCAUGACAAGCACUAUCAAGCCAUCAAUCACAUCAAAAAGACCAUCGCGGAGGUCGAGCGGGUCAUCGGGCCUCUUCCUCCCAUGGGUGCUGGUGGCCCCGUCAGUGUGGUUGAGGCCGUUCACACGCUCUCCUUCGACGAGGACGGCAACCUGUCGGAGCAUGGAUACACGACGGCUGAGCCCCAGGAAGGAGGCUCCUCCUCGAGGGAGGACAGGGAGAGCCAUGUGGGGAUGGUAGACAACGAGGCGGAAGCUACUGUGAUGGACGAUGCUGAGGAUGUACAAGUCAGGGAACCGAUGUCUGGUGAGGACGAGAACUUGUACCAAUCUGACAAGAGUGAAGAAGACGCUGUGAAGGAGAUCGGAGAGAUGUGUGACAGUCAGAGCUCGGGGGCGAGGAGUGAGAUGCGUGACUUGCCUUCAGACUUGUCACCGGCCAAUGUUGUCGCUGGCACCAAGUCGUCAGGACUUGCGAAGAAUGAGAACUUGGAGUUCUUAAAGAGGUUUCAUCACAGUUACAGCAGCUAUGCUCCUGCAGAGUCAAACUACAGCAGCUAUGCUCCUGCAGAGGCAAACACGUUUCCAAAUGUGACAACAAUCGACCCUAUCGUUCAUUCGAUCAGCAGCUUCAGAGAGUUGCCCGAUCCCUUCAGGGUCAAUCGCGAUGACAUGAAAGCUGAGGAAGUGGCAUCCAACAUGACAAACUCGAGCAGUUUUUCUCAACGAAGAGUUUCCUCUAACGAGCACUCUGCUUUCAUUGAUCAGUCGUUUUCUGCAGCAGAAGUUGUUGAUUCAUCUCCUCACUUGCAAGGCCUGGGAGCCACCAAAGAAGCUCAAGCCAGGAGCGGGAGGGCAACACUGGACGACAUGAGCAGCAGCUCAGCAGGUCACCGAGCAGAGGGCGAGGCGAGCGAGACUCCUGCUGCUCCUGCCGCCUCGGACCAGACCCAGAGUCUCGUUGAGGCAGGAGCGCUCGCAGGUGUGGGGAUGUUGAUAGGACGCGACGCGACGACGGGGAAGAUCUUUGUGAAUAGCGUAGCCCCCGAGGGUCCGGCGUGUGAGAGUGGGAUCAAGAGCGGAGAUCAGCUGCUGGCGGUGGAUGGGACGGUCGUGGAGGGGCUGCGGACUGCCGACGUGCUCAACUUGAUCAAGGGGAGGAAGGGAACUCAAGUCAAGCUGAAGCUCUCGAGAGGCGACAGCAGCGUCCUCGAACUACACGUCAUGCGUGCGGCGCUAGGGAGAGGUGGAACGUCUCCUGGCUCGGACAAGAACAUCUCGGCGCUGGAAGGGCUCAAGGCUUUCUUCUCCUCCCCUCCCAAGUCAGCCGCUUCCGCCUCGUCCGCAGACACGAUGCCAGCCAAGGCUGAGGAGGAGGCGAGCCAGGGCGUGCAAGAUGCUGAGACAGUGGAUGCGACGAUUAUGAGUCCCGGGCAGGAGGCAGGGAGCAUGAACAAGUCGGUCGCGAGCAGGGCGCUGGAGUUGGAAGCAUGCGGGGACCUGAUGGCGAUCAUGGACCUCGUGUCCUACUCCUCGUGGAGCAUCAAGAGAAGCGCCUCCCUGCUCUGA